UUUGGCUUAAAUUAAUCUUCAAGGGAAGACGCACUCUUACAUUCUGAAGAUGAUCAGGAAAUUUUCAUGGUUGAACACAAUAGUGGAGUGACAAAGCCUUUGUUUACGUUGAACAAUAUAUCACUGCUUAAUCGGAAAUACUAACAUGAUGUGAUUUGAGAUAGCACUCAGAAAUAAGUAACACAGUUUCGUACUUCCUAUAUUACGUCUCAAUUAUGUGAAAUCUGCCUAUGUAUGAAUUUCUUUACAAAUAUAUAUAUUAUAUGUUUAAAUAUCAUAUAACUGAUUGAUUAAUAUAAACAAAGAUGGAAUUAGAGACGAAUGUUACUGUGCGAGCUCACAGGAAGGCUGUCUGUGAAAGACCAGUUUCCUUUUACUUUGGUGAGCGCAAAAAAUCUAAGGAACCAAUACAAGAACCUAGCCAGUUUCGACGCAGUAGCAGCAUGGUGAACUUACCAGAGGCUGAAAGGGCGGCAAUGUUUUCAUGCUGGAAAAAUGUUCAUGGCGAGAAACACGAGUUGGAAUCAUCGACUGACAGUAUUCCGCAGUUAUACAGUCGAGAAAAUAGUAUGUCAGAUUUUAGUGAAAUGCUCAUCAAAUCAGGUAAAAAUAUAAGCAGCAGCCGCGCAAGUUUGCUCCUCCCAUUGUCCGAGGAGGGAAUAAGCGAAUGGCAGCAGAGCACUGCAGAAGACUUUAAUGGCAAUGAAAUUGUGGGCAAUCAAGAGCUUACUGCUGGAAGACCUGAUCAAAUAGAUACAGAUUUAGUUACCAGAAAUAUGAAAUAUGAUAACUUAAUGAGGCAAAAUAGCUUUAUAGCUACUAAAGUACAGCUUAGAAAUCAUGAUAGUCUGACAGUGAACCGAGGUCGUGCCAUGCAAAGGAGUUCGCUGGGUGUUUUGUUAGGCUCCCAAAUGCAGGAAAAGCCAGACUUUGAUGGCACAUGUCAGUCUGACGAUAGCCCAUAUGACAAUACUGAUACAAGACAUGGCGGAAUACCCGCAUUUGGGUGUAGAUCUGCUGCAUGUCGACAGACUUCAUAUCCUGGGUUAAGAGAGCAAACCCUGAUCAAGAAUGAGGCUAAGAGAAUGUCCAUGCCCCUCCCCAUGAUGUCUAGGCAAGAGAUCCUCAACCACCAACAACAUAUUAUAGAUAGUGAUGCUGAAGUGUCCGAUGUGGUGCCAGAGCUGUUUAAGAGUAUACGCGGGGCAACCCAGCGUGAUAUCUUUGCCGAGAUGGAGCACAAGGAACCUGAGCCCGCAAAGGCAUGUUUUGAGGUGAUGUAUGUCGGGCGUGCCAAGGUGCGGGGCAAGAAAAUCUUCUCUAGUCACAUCGAUGAUCUUGUUAAAAGACUUGAAGCCAAAGAAUUUGGGAUCAAACCCAAUGGGAAAGACUCCUCCGAUCGCAGAAGACACAAGAGUGAUUCUAGUGUUAAAAACUUGCCAACUUUUUUUGAGGAGAACUUUGUGCAGGAAAAUGAGCUACAGAAGCUUUCUCAUGCCACGAUACACCAGGGAGUCGAAUUUAAUAGCCAGUCCCCUACUGGAAGUAACGAAGACGUCAAUAAGCAAACAGGAAGUGUUAUACACAAUCGCAAUAGUGACAGUACUGAUCACCUUAGUGAUGGCAUACAUAGCUCAACAGAAAAUUUACACGAGGGGCUUCAUUUAUCUCACUCCGGGGACCAGUUAAAGGAAAUGUUCCAUAGUUUACAUCCGCAUCCAGAAGGUCACUCGAUGGACGGGACAGGUCAAGGUCAGGAGUGCCCCGGAGGUCAAGGUCGAACGGUCAACAGGACGAUGGUGUUCCGAGUAGGACAGAGUGAGAUCGCGCUGAUCAGCCUUGACAAGAAGCAGACUAUUAUUGACAGGAAAUUUAAAAACAUCUCGUCUGUGUCACAGGGUCAUGUGAAGCCGGAGGUGUUUGGGUUCAUAUCCCGCGAGCCCGGUAAUAUAUUAAUCUGCCAUCUUCUACGAUGCUGCUCAAGGGCAUUGGUGGAUGAGAUAAUGACAGCGUUGAGGACGUCGUUCCAGAGCGCGUUUCAGCAGAGCAAGCUACAAACCCAGCAAAUCUGCAUCAACUGUCCGCUCCAUCAGUACCAUAACCUGUGCAAAGACAUCAAUGGUCAGAGUGCUGAGGCAGCAUACAGUCUGUUGUGUAAACGAAUACAGCAGCUCCCUGAAAAGGAUGCAACCGACCUAUACCACUCUCUCAAGAAUGAAAACCCACAAAGCCAUGAGGAGUCUGUGGAGGCCCUGAUGAUUCACCUGAGGAAAUUGUGCGAGACCAAGCAGCGUGAACACAGCCACAUCUCCGACACACACAAGGGUGCACAAAGGACAGAUUUUUACUUGGUGGACAUGAAAGGGAAGACGAGUAAUAAAUCGGCGUUUGACUUGAUACGAAACAGGGCACGGAAGACUCUUGCGGACUCGUUUGAGUCACUUCUUACCAACGUACACCACAAGAAGGAGGAGGUCAAGGAGGCAUUUCGACAUCGAAGCGGGACCAACGAAAGUGACACUAGCAACUUUAACCGAUCCUUAGACCUGACAGACACCGACUUCUCCCCAGCCCCCUCGCCAGGUCACAUGUCCAAGGACAUGGUGGCCAACUUUGAGUUCUCCAGCCCACCCCCUUCCCCCACCCCUGGGCGACCUCGCAGCUCAACAGUUGGUGCCCUGCCCGACACCCAGGCAAUGGAGAUGAUGUUAGAAAGACAUAAAAAGAACAAACAGGCAGAGAAAAAAGAAUUGGAGAAGAGAAGGCUUAGUGAGAGCCCCAUGAAACACAUGUUCAUCUUGGCCAACUGCAGCUCUCCAAGCAAGAAAUCCAGCACCCAUAUGACCCCAGGGGAGGAUGACCCCCCGGCAACAUCAUCUGACCCAUCCCCCCAGGGCUCAUGGAGGCAGGCUAUCUUUAACAGGGUUGUCACACCCGUUAAACACCUCAGCAAUCCCACACUUGAGGAGUCAUUAAAUGAAGAUGAAGAAGGGCCUCACAAGAAGACGUCGGAGGAGUUACGGGCCUUGUGGAGGAAAGCCAUUCUGGAGACCUUGCUACUCAUACGCAUGGAGAAGGAGAAUAUUGACCUACAGGCCCGCCAAGAUGAGGCUGACCUGAAACGACGUAAACUAGACUAUGCAGAGAUAACCCCAUGUCUCAAGGACGUAACCCGCUCUUGGGAGGAGCUACUAUCCAUGCCAGGUCGUCCGCACACGCUGGUGGAUCAGGAUAAACUAAUUGGCUAUGUGAAACAAGGAGUUCCUCAGAGUAAGCGUGGUGAGGUAUGGUGGUUUCUGGUAGAGCAACAUCGACUUCGAGUCCCUGACCUUCAGGAAAACACGCCUGAGGUCGACUACAACGAGCUGCUGAAACAAUUGACCAAUCACCAACAUGCCAUCCUCAUUGACCUUGGGCGGACAUUCCCGGGUCACCCAUACUUCUCCCUCCAACUGGGCAGUGGUCAAUUGGCCCUGUUUAACCUUCUAAAGGCCUACAGCCUGAUGGACCAUGAAGUCGGAUACUGCCAGGGCCUCAGCUUUGUGGCCGGCAUACUCCUCAUGCAUAUGGAGGAAUUGCAGGCAUUUGAAGCAUGGAAACAUGUCAUGUAUAACCUCGGUCUCCGGAAACAAUACAAGACAAACAUGAUUGCCUUACAGAUCCAGCUAUACCAGUUGACACGUCUGCUCCAUGACAACUACCACGACCUAUACGAACAUUUCGAGGCUCACGACAUCGCCCCCACCCUGUAUGCCGCUCCCUGGUUUCUCACACUGUUUGCCUCACAGUUUCCACUGGGAUUUGUAUCCAGAGUAUUUGAUCUGAUAUUCAUGCAGGGUUCAGAGGUCAUAUUCAAGGUUGCCAUGGUGUUGCUAGGCAACCACAAAGAGCUGAUAUUGCAUUGUGACACGUUUGAGACAAUUGUUGAAUUCAUCAAGACCACGCUGCCGGAGAUGAGCAUGAUACAGAUGGAGAGGGUCAUAAACCAGGUAUUUGACCUUGACCUAAGCCAGCAACUGCAUUCAUACGCGGUCGAAUACCAAGUGUUGAAGGAAGAGAUGAUGUAUUCUCCUGCGCAGGGGGAUUCUGACCAGCUAGCCCGCCUUGAACUUGCAAAUGACGCGCUCACGAAACAAAACAUGGAGCUGAUAGAUAAACUACAACAUGCUCAUAGCCAUGAACGCAGCUUAGAGAUUAUGAUUCACAACUUUCAGACACAGGAAGCAAAGUUGAAAUCUCACAUUCGGACUCUAGAGCUGGAGAGAUCGGCUCUAUUGAACGCUGUGCAGACAUUAAAACAAUUGAUUCCUGAGCAGGACAGGAAUAACUUUGACAUUAACCUUCCCACCCUGACUCCCAGCAUGCCUGUCUCACCAGUGCAUCAUGGGAGAAUAGUGGGGCAUGAUGGGAUAGCAAUCACAGAUACUCUUCCCCAAGGAGGUAGCAUGAAUAGCAAUGAGCAGACGGACAGUUCUAGUGAAAAGGAUAAUUUCUCAAAGUCUGCCAGAUUUAGACCCGAUAGACAAAGUUGAGACAAGCUUUGUAAUGUUGUGAUUUAAUGAUAUAUAGAAUUAGUAUACAAAAUGCAUGUGUCAAUAUUGAAAUAUAAAGUGUAUUAUAGUUAUUUUUAAGAAAAUAAGGAAGGGAACAAAUUUAGUUUGUGUCCGAGUUUUUUGCUUAACGGUAAAAAAUAUUGGAACAAUUCUAAUAAAUUUUUAUUUUUAAUGAUAGUUUUAAAGCUUCGAACAGUAUAUCAAGUAUACCUAUGUAAAUACGAAUAAAAUUGUCGUUAAAUAUACCAUCCAACCCAUUCACAUCUAAUCAUGCAAUUGUUAAACCUCAAUAGUAAUCUCUACUCAGAUUUACUGGUAAUAGCUUUAUUUUUAAUACUAAAACUACUCUUUGUAUUUUCCAGAUACUUUUACUCAUCGAACAAUGCAAUUAAUGGUUCUGUGAUUUUUCUGUGUUCAUUUUAAAUAAAUGAUUCAUUACAAUCAGUAUUUAUUUUUCUAGUGUGUUAUUAAGCUGAUGGUAUUGCUUCUUUAAUAAGCUAAUAAUAUUCUUUGAUAGCUAUAUUAUCUUUUUGCACGAGGCUGUUUGUAACAAUUUCAUGACAACAUACCGUACACCUUCUGUCUGUUUGUCUGUCUUGGAAAUGCUGGAGAAAACUGUUGUUUGAUAGUUUUUUAAAAGUGUAUAUAUUUUUAAUCACUUGUCCAGUAAGCAAAGGGUCUUUUGUUUUCCCUAAACGUUUGACGUCAUAAUCCACGUGAAUGUUAUUAACAUUUCCACAUCAAACAAAUAUUCUCAUUCUUCAAUUUGGGACCAGUUUAUAAACAUAAUGAUGCGAGUUGAAGGGACCUUCUUACAACAAAAGUACCCGAGAUUAACUAUGAAUGAAUCAUUUUUAUGGAGUUUUUUUUAUUAUAUAUUAAAUUUGUAAAAUUUAUGAAUGUUGAUUUCUUGCAGUACAAAUUAAAAAAAAUGAAACAAAAACACUUUUAAACAGUGCCUGCAUAUUAAUUUUCUGUUAUGAUAUUAUUAUCAGGAGAUUUCUUCUCUUUUCCUGGACAAUUUAAGAAAUUAAUGACAGUUUUAUAAGUAAAUGAAAGGGUAAGAAAAUGAGAAAAAAAGUAAAUAAAAGGGAAUCUGUCUCAAUAAAUGGCUCAAGUAUAGUAAAAAAAUAAAUAUGAAUAAAAAAAUGGCUCAAAUAUAGUAAAACAAGGAAUAUGAAUACAAUAAAUGGCUCAAGGAUAGUUUAACUAGAAGUAUGAAAACAAUAAAUGGCUCAAGGAUAGUUAAACUUUAAAACUUUUUAAAACUUAUGAUUGAUAUAUUAAUACAAGAAAGACAUUAUAGUUAAGUUUAUUUUUGGUCAUCUUAACCUUUGCCCGGCCUGCUGACUUGAUUGAUUAGAAGCCAAAAAUAAACUGCUAACUUUCUGAGCUUUGAACGCCAAAUGCCUCUAUACUUGCCAGUUUGCUUGCACAAGCUUCUUUAUAACGUAAUUAAACCAAUCAAUGUCUAAAUGGAGAUUUGGUGGUUGUAAUCUGCUUAGACUUUUGAUGGCUGGUUUCGUUGGAGCUCUUCUUAUUGAUUUAAUGUGAAUCUGUCGGACGAUCUCAUUGGCUGAAGCAUGAGCCUGAUCACUGAAUCAGAUAUCAUAUAAUUGUAUGUACAUCAACAAGUUAGAUGUUUUAUAUGUUACAUAAACUUAAUGACUUUCUAAUAAAGAUCACAUUUUGUUAAACAUAUUUUUGUGGUAAGAAGUAAGUUGUAUUUAUUAUUUUUAUCAGAGUGUAUUUGAUCUAAAAUAUUGAAAAGGGCAUUAUAACGCUUAUAUAAGAUAGUAGCUGCGCUGCAUUAAUUUUAACAAUGAAAGUAUUGCAUUAUUAAUGCAGCUUUAUAGUGUUAGAUAUUGUAUUAUUUUUAUAUGUCUAAUACAUGGGGGAUGGAUAUGUCAUCUAUUGAUACUGAUGCUGGAUGUUUUUAUAAUUGGAUUAUUUUGCAAAGAAAUAUUUUUGCUACAGACAUUUUUAUUACGAUUUACCCAUGUAAUGUCACCCAAGAGCUUCACGCAUUUUGUGCCGUCUUUAAAAGAAUAAAAAUGUUCAUCUUUCAGUUAACGGCAACAUUAUUUUAUACCCGCCAGUGUUUCGGAGAAAAUGCAAGAUGUUGUCAAAGUGAUGGUUUCAUGGCAGUGUCAUAGGCGUCGUAUGUGUGCGGAAACUUCAAUCUUGGCCAUGGCUCAAAUAAUGAUAUUUAUUUGAAACUUCAUACACGUGUUGCCAUUGAACAACAAAACCAACAACUCUAGCUUUAAUGAUUGAGUUAUGCCAUUGUUUUACAGAAAAGAAAACAAAACUAACAGAGGAGCGUUUGCGCUCACUUAGUGGCACUCUUGUUUUCAUUUUUAUAUGCCAACAUCCUAAACAUUUGUCUCCAGAAAAAUACAACAUAUAAAUAAGUUUGAACUUGCAUGUUUUACAAGGAGAGUGGGUUAAUUUAUAGCAACAUCAUACGUAUCCCAUUCAUUGGUAAAGGUGUUAUAAUGGUUGUACAUUGUGGUUAGAAAACUAAAGGAAAUCAGCUUGACCAGCUUCAUAUCCAAAUCAACGAAACUAUCCUUUAAGUUCUGUUUCUCGUAGUUACAUUUUGUAUUUCCUAAAUGUAUGUUGUAUGAUCAAUAACUUAAGAAUCAUUUGUUCAAUUAUCACCAGAUUUGGUCAGAAUGUGGGCUAAAUAUCUUGAACAAGUUCGAUAAUCAGUCAUAUUGCUAGAGACACUCGAGAACUUUCGAAGCUUUUGUCCAAUCAUCACCAAAUUCGGUCAGAAUAUGUAUAGGCAUUAUAUCUUCGACAAGCAUGAUUACCAGCAAUGUAGCCUCAGUCAAUCAGCAGUUAUGACCCUUGAAUUGGCAAAAACUAUUUACAGUGUCCACUCAUAAUUAUUGUACAAUGUACGUAGGGAUGUCUAACACUAACGUACAACCUCUUAUCACCAAACUUGGUGUCUAAAAAUAGUUUAGUUUAUACUUAUAUAUUUAACAACGAUUGUGAAACAAGUUAUUACAUCAUUAUAUUAAUCUAUCUCGUUGGCACGAUUUUACGCGAGAGUGUGGUCAGGUGUUGUGGGGAAAUCCGGAAUACCCGGAGGAAUCCCACUUGUCUAACUGGGUGACAGCAAACCAAACUCACAUGCGCCCAGGCCGGGAAUCAAACCCAGGUCGCCUAGGUGAGAAGCGAGUGGGCUAACCGGACAACCUCUUAAAAAUAAGAUGGUAGUAUGAAGCUCUUGUUGAUAUACAAUUAUUGUUACUUGUUUAAUAGAUUCUUUAUUGAAUGCCCCCUCGUGUUCACAGGGGCCAGAAACAAUUUUUUUUUUAUUUAAGCCUAUAUGUAUAUAUAUAGAAUAUAUAUAUAUAUAUAUACAUGUAAGAAAAUAAUUUGUUUCUGCCCCCUGUGCUGGUGUUAUAUCCUAUAUGUAUAGUGUUCUUCCAUAACCAUGCCAUGUGUGUAACAGUAAGUCUUUCAUAGUUACAGAUUAUUUUACAUGUUAUAUGCACGUGUUAUGCUUUUCUGUCCAGUCUUGUAUUUUUAUCAUUCAUGGUUGUAUGUGAGAUUGAUCGUCUAAAAGUUAGUUUAAUCUUAUGGAAUGGUUUUAUGAGCUUAUGUGUUUACAGUGUAACCAGUUUAUAUACAUAUAUAUUCAUAAAGCAUCUUUAGUUAUUUCCUAACUUAAGUUAUUUUCCUGAUUUAAGUAACUCAGUGGUAACUCAAAAAUUCUGAAAUACUUUUUUAUUGAUCUUAUUGAAAAACACACUUUAACGUUAAAAAAUAUAUUAUUGAAACACUUUUUAAUAUUUCUUUUAAUUUGACUAUGACAAUUUGAAAAAAGAAGCAAAGUUAUGAAAUGAAAAAAAUCCUCUAUAAAUAUGUGAUGUACAUUAAUAUGAAGUUUUAAUUCCUGGUGACCCAAAUUUAUUUUGUUGAAAGGGUUUAAUGUGUACGGUAUAGAAACAAUAUGUCAAUGUUAUACUGAUGCAAAUUUUGCAAACACCCAUUUCCACCUUGUGAGGUUGAAAAUUGCAUUCCACCUUAUGAGGUUGAACAAUUGGUUUAUUCACUUCUGAUUUCAGUUGAAAAAAAGAACAAAUACUGCUGUAAUUUUAUUCAAAUUGUAUUUUCGGUCGUAUAUUUAUCAUAUAUAGGGAUGAUAAUCUCAGUAAACCUUUUUUCAUCUAUCAAAAUAAAAUUUAAGUAUGUAUUUUGGCUUAUUGAAAUAAGCUAAACCUGUUAACCUUUGGGAGUUUCGAGAAAUUGAGGCCAGAUAUUGCAAUAAGAUUUGUGUAGAUUUCAUUCAUAAACUAUACAAGACAUUUCUUAUAAAAUUUAUUGAAAAAAUAUAUUCCAAGUUUUAAUGCUAUAACUGUUAUAACAGCUUCUCUGAUUUCUUGGCAACUUAACAUUGCAGUUAAUGUUUUUAUUCAAUCGGAUAACUAAAUCUGUCAUUAUCAUAUACGACAACAGUCCUGAAUCACUUCCUCAUACAAGGUGAAAUGUAAUUAUUACGGUUGAAAAUAAUAUUAUCACAAUUGCCCUUUGAGUUUGUUUGUGUAAUAUUUGUUUUUUUAUUAUUCUAUAUAUCCUUUAUCUGUCCAAAUGGUUAUAUAUCUGUACUAGUAUUUUUUCCUUCAGUCAGUUAUCAGUAAGAGCAUAUUGUGCAUUUAUUGCCAAAAAGAAGUAUUUCUAACAAUAACCUUGCUUGGAGUCUUGUUUGGCAAUUAAAUGUCACUCAAGCUCGCAUUGAAAUUAUCGACUCUUGAUUGUGUUCAUUCUUUUCAAAUUUCGUCCAUUUUCAUAUCUCCGCAUUUUGUUUUAUAUAUUUUUGUUUAUAAACAUAUUUGUGAACUGUUUGCUCAUGAAGUGGAAUACACACAUGAUAAAUUGACAUGUGUGGUGAAUAUACUCUGAUCAUCUGGCUUAAGACUCAAGUUAGUGUGCAUGGCUGUUAAAUCUACAUGUGAAUGAUAUGGUCUAAAAUGCUUCACAUUUUGUGAUGGCCAGAUGACAAAUUAUCUUCCGUUUGAUAAGUUAUUGAAACUUGAUAGUUUUUUUUAGCCCCUGAACAACAAGUUUAUUAAGUGCAAUAAGUUAUUGAAACUUGAUUGUUUUUCUAGCCUCUGAACAACAUUGUUUUGAAGUGCAAAAUUUUAAUUUUGAUAAUUAAAUCACCAUUUAUUUUCCAGUCUAUAUUUCUUUUGAAAAAGCAUAUCUUUAUAUCACUCAACAAGUUUAAUUCUCACUGUAACAUAGGAUAGACCUUUUUGUUACGCUAAUAUUGUCAUAAUGUUGAAAAUGCAAUUUGUUUCACUAAACUAGCUUUAAACAGUACAUUAAGGUUCUCAUAUAUUACAAUAAUGUUUUACAUACAAUUAUGCGUUUGUUUUACAUAUUAAAGUAUAAUUCUUAUGUUUACCAUAGUCACUUUGAACAAAGUCUGUAUGAGAAGACUGUACAUGUUCUAAGACAAAAUGUGUCUUUUCUUCAACUAAACAAUUAUGUAAGAUGGUUAUAAUGGUGUUAGUUAAUUUUCAGCUUGUUCAAUGCUAAGAUUCAUGGUGGAUUGGGAAUAAGUAAAUUUUACCACGUUAUACUCAUUUUAUGUAUACAUUAAAUGUGCUUAUUAAUACUGAUUUGUCUUGUGCAUUGUGUGAACAUUUCUAUUAUUACAAUGUUGAACUACAUCAGCUGAUAGAUAAAACAAUAAACUAUAAACACUG